CAUUAAGAAGAGUAUCAUCACUCCAAAAUUUCUUAACCUUGGCAACAUUCCAAACCAUUCGCCUUUUUUUAAUAAACCAACUCCAAAGGAUUUAAUUAGCAAAACAAGAAAAUUAUAAAGAGAAAGAGAAGUGAUUCAGGUGCGGUGACGUGUAGGAUAUGAAAUUCUUGUUGGAGCUAGUCGUGCCUUGUUUCGGUUCACAGCAGUUCCAAGAAUCCACCGCCGCAACCGCAGACGAUUCGGUUUCAGAAGAAACGCAAACGCUAAUGAAACAGCGAAGGCGGCGGAAACGUGUUAGAGUAGCUGGUCAACCUGGACAGAUAGCAGAGUGGAGACCGUCACUUAGCGUUAUAUCGGAGACCAAACCGGCUAUAACGGAGAAAUCGGUAAAGGACGAAGAGAAAAAGAAAGUUCGUCGGAAAAGUGAAGGCAACGACGGCGGAGAUGCCACGUCGUCACGAUCGGGCGGUGGUCAUGUUCGUUUCCGUAGUGACGAUUUCGGGAGGAAUGCUUUUGAACCGGUGAUCCCGGCGUUCUCACCGACUCCGUUCAUGUUUUGAGUUGAUCUUUUUAAAAAGAUUCUUAUGAAGUUUAUUAUGUGUAUGAUAUGUAAUUAUGUUAUGUAUAGUAGUAAUAAAUUUGUUAAUGGAAAGAUGUAGCACUAUAAUGUAUAUAUUGCUUUGAUAUUAUAAUUACUACCACCGA